GGUCUAGGGCUGAGGAAGAAAAAGGAAAAGAAGCUCAUCGAAUUAGCACUUUGGUGUCAAUACUGUAGUACAGUGAGAAGGAAAAAAAAAAUGGAGUUGGGAGCUCAAGAUUAUGCUGAUAGGAAGAAAGAUAUCAGCCAAUUCCUGUCUCAAGAUAUUUACCAAGAUGAAAUCAAGGCAAUGAUAAAUCACAAGCGUCGCCGUCUCAUCGUCAACAUCUCCGAUCUACACUCUUUUAACAACUUGGCUACUAGGAUUCUGAAGAAUCCGAGUGAAUAUAUGCAACCUUUUUUCGAUGCGGUGACUGAAGCUGCUAAAAGUAUUGACCCAAAGUACUUGAAAGAAGGGGAAAUAGUUCAUGUGGGAUUUGAAGGUCCUUUUGUUUCUCGUCGCGUCACACCCAGAGAGCUCCUUUCCGAAUUUAUUGGCUCCAUGGUCUGCGUCGUUGGCAUUGUUACCAAAUGUUCUCUGGUAAGACCGAAGGUUGUUAAAAGUGUUCACUUUUGUCCUGCCACUGAAAACUUCACCGUUAGGGAAUAUCGAGACAUCACCUCCAACAAUGGUUUGCCAACCGGAUCCGUGUAUCCUACCAGGGAUGAAAAUGGAAACUUAUUGGUGACUGAAUAUGGUUUGUGCCAAUAUAAAGAUCACCAGACCUUGUCGAUUCAAGAAGUACCUGAAAAUGCUGCUCCUGGUCAGCUUCCUCGAACUGUUGAUGUCAUAGUUGAGGAUGACCUGGUUGAUUCAUGCAAGCCUGGAGAUCGUGUGGCUAUUGUAGGGAUAUAUAAAGCUCUUCCAGGAAAAAGUAAGGGCAGUGUGAACGGUGUUUUCAGGACUGUUCUUAUAGCUAAUAAUGUCUCUCUGCUCAACAAAGAGGCUAAUGCACCUAUCUACAGCCCAGAGGACCUGAAAAAUAUUAAGAAGAUAGCAGAGAGAGAUGACACAUUUGACCUGCUUGGUAACUCCCUUGCACCUUCAAUAUAUGGGCAUUCGUGGAUAAAGAAAGCUGUGGUUUUACUAAUGCUUGGUGGAGUGGAAAAGAAUUUGAAGAAUGGCACUCAUUUAAGAGGGGACAUUAACAUGAUGAUGGUUGGAGAUCCAUCUGUUGCAAAAUCCCAACUUUUAAGAGCAAUCAUGAACAUUGCACCAUUGGCUAUUUCAACCACCGGUAGAGGUUCUUCCGGUGUUGGUUUGACAGCUGCUGUUACCUCCGACCAAGAAACAGGAGAAAGAAGACUGGAAGCAGGUGCUAUGGUCCUUGGUGAUAGAGGUGUUGUAUGCAUUGAUGAGUUUGACAAGAUGAAUGAUCAAGAUCGUGUUGCGAUACAUGAAGUCAUGGAGCAGCAGACUGUAACUAUCGCCAAAGCUGGUAUCCAUGCAUCAUUGAAUGCUCGGUGCAGUGUAGUGGCUGCUGCAAACCCUAUAUAUGGAACUUAUGAUCGUUCGUUGACUCCAACAAAGAACAUUGGACUUCCAGACUCUUUGCUUUCUCGUUUUGAUCUGCUGUUUAUUGUAUUGGAUCAAAUGGAUGCUGAUAUUGAUCGUCACAUCUCUGAGCAUGUCUUGAGAAUGCAUCGGUUUCGCUCUGCUAUUGAUGGAGGUGAGGCAGCUCUUGAUGGAAGUUCAAGAUAUGGAAGAGAAGAUGAAGCUGACACCGACUCAUCUGUUUUUGUCAGGUAUAAUCGAAUGCUGCAUGGGAGGAAGACUGAAAGAGGUCGGAAGCUUGAUAAUCUUACUAUAAAGUUCCUCAAAAAGUAUAUUCAUUACGCAAAGCAUAGGAUUCAACCUGAGCUAACUGAUGAGGCUUCAGAACAAAUUGCAACAGCUUAUGCAGAUCUCAGAAAUGCCAGUUCAAAUGCAAAGACUGGUGGAACCCUUCCAAUCACAGCUAGAACCUUGGAAACCAUUAUUCGUCUGUCAACUGCUCAUGCAAAGUUGAAGUUAAGCAGAAAGAUUACGAAAGUUGAUGUCGAAGCUGCUCUGAAAGUUCUAAAUUUUGCUAUUUAUCAUAAAGAAUUGACUGAGAUGGAGGAUCGCGAACAAGAACGGGAAAGAGAACAACAGAGAAAACAAAGAGCUGAUCGUCAAGGCCAAACUGCAGAUGCUAUGGAAGUAGAUGAUCCUCCACUGGCCCAGCAGGCCACUGCUACUGGUUCUGUCGAAAGAAUAGAAGCUUUUAAAACUAUAUUUGGUCAGCAUAUGCGUGCAAACCACAAGGAAACCGUAUCUAUUGCAGAAGUAGAGGAUAUAGUCAACGUAGGAGCUGACGUCCAUUACUCGAGGGUUGAGAUCAUGUCUAUAUUAGAGAAAUUGCAAGAUGAGAAUAUAUUGAUGAUAGCUGGAGAAACCGUGCAUAUGAUAGUUUAAGAUGUGUAAGAGAAGACCUGGAUCAACCAAAAUAAGCAGGUAUGGAGCUGAUCCUCUAUGAUGGUUCUGCUUCACUGUGACAUGAAAGUUAAAAUACUCAUGAUUUAGUCUAAGAUCUUAAAAGAAUUAUCAUGUCGUGUAGCUGAUAUUAGGUGAACUGAGAAGUGCUCAGAAAUAGGUUUUACAUAUUCCAGAAUUUGAUGUAACAUGUAUUCUUUGGAUCAUCUGUUGUAUGAUAAUUGGCCAAUGCUUUAAUGAAGUACUUGUAAGUUGGUUCUUUGGAACCUGAUUUAAACGUUUUCUUUAUUAAUUAAUGUAUCAAUUUUUUUUAUUAUCAA